UAAAACGUCCCACAUCUGCGCUUCCCACAUCUGCGCGCGUCCCAUAUCUUCGCUAGUUUCCGUCCCACAUCUUCGCGUUUUCAAAAGGUAGCUCCCCCACCACCGCCGCUUUCUGACGCAGAUGUUGGGUCAGUUCCGGUCCCGACCGGCGCAGAUGUGGGACGUUUUACUGUAUUAGAAUGUUUCUCAACCAACUCGAUGAAAAUUCGGUCCGAUUCGUUGAGCAUUAUUUUAUUUUAUUUGCUAAACUUGUAGAAAAACGAAACACCCAGAAUACUCUCGAUCUAACCUAAUACCAUCUAGUCAAACAUUUUGAACUUUUACGUUUACGGUUACGUAUCGAAUACAGAUUCCCAUUGUAUAGGAGUCUUUAUGCACAAUUUCAGCCAAAUCGGGGAGAGGAACACUUGACCCGUGCACUUGACCGUUCCCUUGUAAGCUCUUCUACCCGGCCGAAGUUGGCCGAAGCGCUGGGCGCACACGUAUAUACAUACACGGCUGCUCGCUUGUGUGCGUUAUCUCCUCUCCGACACAGCGUGCUGCAAAAGUAGCGGAUUUUGCAUCACUGAUCGUAGACGGCGUAACUCGUUGCUAAGCAUCUCUGUAGUAACAACGUUCAAUUGUUGAUUUGCAUCUUGGUAAGAUUGAUCUCGCGUUCGUGUUGCGGUUGCGGAUCGAAUGCUAUUACUGCCAUUUUCGCUACUAAGAAGAAGUUAAUUGAGAGUGCUCAAAUAUCGUAUAAAGGAGAAAGUAAAAAUCAAUCCACCAAAAUAUUUCAACGACGGACGAACACCUUUAAUAGAGAAGAACCAAGUGAGUUUCAAGAGUUCUUUAACUUUGGUUUCUGACGCACAGAAAAUUGACGAUACGUCUAGUAAGAUGAAUCCGGAAACGCAAAAAGUAUCUUCACCAUUUUUACCUGCAUAUACCAAAAGCUACGCUUCAUCACGAAUUAAAACGACUACAAUUGAAUAUACAUGGAAAAUUGAAGAUUUUGAAGAUAUUUAUAGAAGUCUAACUCAGUUACAAUCUCCACCACUUGAUAAAGAAGGUCAAUACAGUAUUAAAAUGAAUAUUUCACGCUCAACACAACAAAAUUCACUAAAAAAGAUACAAUUUAAUUUAUGUACUAAGGCAAUCUUUAUGGGAUUAUGUACUACUACUAUUACUGUGUGUAAUUAUAAUGCCUUACAUGAAAUCUCGGGUCGUACAUCGAAUGAGACAUUAUUACUUGAAGUCAUGACAGACAACUUUUAUAGAGGAAAUUUCAAGGAAGUCACGGCUCUAAUAUACUGCAAAAUUAAGGUUUUUCAUAAUCUGAUAAAUAGCACUGUAUACAUGAAUUUACCCUCUGAAACGGUAUUUAAAGACGUGAAAUCUCUUGAAGACUCAACUCUAGAAGUUGAGAAUAAAGAUGACAAAUCAAUCGUAUUUAUAGUUGAAGACGAACAGUAUGUUAUAUCAAAAAAAUUGUUGUGGAACACCGGCAGUAGUUACUUUCAGAAUGUCUGUCGUACACAUAAAGGAAAAGUAAAAGAUAUGAAAGAUGAGUUACAAAAGAAUGAGUUAAAAGCUUUCAAACAGAUUUUAUUAUAUAUUUUAACUGGUUUACUAUCAGAAAAACAAAAUUAUUCGAUGCUUAAAGAAUUGUUAACAACAGCUGAUAAAUAUGAUGUACCCAUGUUAAAAAUAACGUGUGAACAUUACUUGCUAUAUCAUCUUAAGAAAGAAAAUGCUGUGGAACUUCUACAGCAUGCAUUAUCAUAUAAUGCGUCAUCUUUACAAAAGCAUUCGGCAACUGUUAUUAAAUCAUAUGAAAGAAUUGAUGGAUGGAGGACUUUCAGAUCCAUCGCAAAAAGAUUUAGUUAAGAUAAUGGAAUUGAUUGAAAAAUUGAAAAUUGAAAUACAUGAAAACAGUCAUUCCUUCAGCUUUCCCAAACCCAUAAUACCACCUGUUGAUAGGUCAAUGAUAUAAUAUUGUGGUUUUAAAUAUAAAUGAAUAGAACAUGAUAAUUUUGUUUAAUUAAUAAACGUCUGUUUUUUCUUUUCUCCAAAUAUAACUUAUGCUAUUACUACUGUACUUUCAAUUUUUAUAUGCAUUCUAGUGUUAAGUAAUACACUCUAUA